AUGAGACAUCUUGAAGAAAGCAUACAUGAACUCAAUGUGGCUGAACAGUAUACCAAGAUAUGGACCAAAUGGGAAAAAUAUACUCUCUAUGCUUUAAUUGUGUUAAUUGCUUGGGUACUUCAUUGGGAAGCCAGCGUUAUCCAAGUAUCUAGCAUUUACGUGACUUCUGCGUUGGGUUCCAGCAGUUUGAUCAGUACUUUGAGAACAGUUAGUUCCAUUGUCCAAACUGUAUUAUUGCCUUUCUAUUCAAAGAUUUCUGACAAAGUUGGCCGUUCUUCUAUUUACGGUUUGGCUGUCAUCUCUCUUAUUGUAUCGCUUAUAAUUCAAGCAACAGCCAAGAACUACGAUACCAUUUUGGGUGCGCAAGUUAUCCAUGCAUUUGGAUUUGGCGGUAUUUUCAUCAUGGGUCCCAUUGUCAUCGGAGAUCUCACUGAUGUUGUGAGCCGUGGUUUAUUCCAAGGUCUCUACGGUAUUCCCAAUAUCAUUAAUAUUUUCGUUACACCUUUUGUUGGUGACGCUCUUGGCUUUGCCCACUGGCGUUGGGCUUACGCGAUGAACGUCAUUAUUUUUGCUGUAACUGGUGCUCCUUUGGUAGCCAUGCUUUUGCGUCUUGAAUAUCGUGCCCGACACACACCCGGUUAUAUCGCGGCGGCAGAAGAAAAGAAACAAUUGAAAGCCACCCAACCUCAAAAAACUUUCGGGCAACGUUUGUACCGAUUUAUCAUCAAUUACGAUAUCGUGGGCUCCUUGUUAUUAGCUGGUGCUUUAACAAUGAUCCUUUUACCCUUGGUGCUGGCCAAUGCUCGAUGGGGCGGAUGGGGCUCUAGCAUUACUAUUGGUACUCUCGUCGGUGGUGUCGUGUCAUUUAUCCUCCUUAUUAUCUGGGAAUGGAAGUUCGCUGAAGUUCGUUUAUUGCCUUGGGCAAGAUGGCCUAAUAGCACCCCUAUUUUUGCCAUCAUUAUCAUCUCAUUGAUCUCUUUAAUCCAAUCUUCCAACUGGAUUUAUUUCCCUCUUUAUCUUAUGAUUUCCCGAAAAAUUUCCUCUGGUCGCGCCAAUUUGUUAGAUUGCGGUUACUCUGUAGCUUCAGCGGUCUUCCAAGUCAUCACUGGUUAUUUGAUGAAACGCACCAAGAAAUGGCGUCCUUUUACCUGGGCCGGUAUCUGUUUAAUGGUACUCGGUAUUGGCUUGAUGAUUCCUGCUCGUUUACCCCAUUCUUCCGAUGCUUUUGUGGUUGUUUCCCAAACCAUUGCCGGUGUUGGUGCCGGUAUGUUGGAUAUCCCUAUUACUGUGGCUGUUCAAAGUUCUGUUCCCCGAAAAGAUUUGGCCAUUGUCACAGCCUUGAUGCAAGUUGGUAGCACCAUUGGCUUUACCAUUGGCAGUACCAUUUCUGGAUCACUCUGGAAUUCUAUGAUUCCUGAAUUAUUGAUGAAGAAUGUCCCUGGCAUUAAUAUGCGACAAGUGAUGGGAAAUGUCACUUACGCUCAAAAUCUUCCCGAACCUGAAUAUAGUCUUGUGGUCGACUGCUUUGGCCAAGCCCAGCGUGUAUUGACCAUCAUUGCCUGUUGUAUGGUUGCUUUGGCCUUCUUAUGCACAUUACCUAUGAAAUCUUUCGGUUUGGACGAAACCGAUAACUAUCAGAAAGACCAUGAAAACGAUACCACGGAAAAGCACGAAGGACUCGACGAUGAAAUAACCCCACCCAAUACGGAAAAAAUAUAA